CCAGGCAGCACCCACAGCCACACCAUGCCUGCGCCCGCAACACCACACACCCGCCUUGGGCUCCUGCUCCUCCUGACGGCUCUCGCCACCGGCCUCGCCUGCCACCACCAGCCUGCCCGCGACGCCACCUUCCCCUGGCGCAGCCUCCAGCUCCUCCAGGCCAUGGCUCCCAGCCCCACACCGCCCUGCCACCACCACCACCACCUGCCCCUCUUCCCCGACACCCUCCUGCACAGCACCCACCCACAGCAAGCCGCCGACACCGCCCUCCGCAUACUCCAGCACCUCUUCAACACCCUCAGCAGCCCCAGCACCCCCCAACACUGGCACAACCACCCACGACAACAGCUCCUCAACAGCCUCGAUCAUUACAUUCACCACCUGAAGCGCUGCCUGUCAGGCAACACCAGACGCUUCCAAAGCCGAGGACCACGCAAUCUGCUGCUCAACAUCAACAAGUACAUCCAUGGCGUCACCACCUACCUCCAGGACCACAACUACAGCGCCUGUGCCUGGGACCACGUUCGCCACGAGGCUCACACCUUGUUCCGACACUUGGACACACUCUUCCGCCGAAUGAGAAGUUGAUUUGCUCCCACCCUCUGCCAACCCCAGCACCAAAUGCCUGUCCUCAGCCAACAUCGCUGCCCACAGAUGGAGAGGACUCAGCUGCAGCCUGGGCUGGCAUUGUUCUGGGUAGCCAGAGCUCUUCCAGGCAGGACCCUGCACUGAGAGGGAAUGGGCAUGACCACACUGAGGCUAAAGCUGGGCUUUGGGACAGCCGCACUGCUCAUACUGCUGGGAAGGCAGGAGGGGAUUGUGGUGCUUGCACACCUAUGGGCAGCCUAUGGACAAGGGGAUGAGAGAGGGGUGGUAUUUAUUACCUAAGGGGAUAGCCAGCCUAUCCAGGCUGUGACCUCCCUUGAUGGAUUGGGGGGGUCCCCAUGCACAAUGCGAGACUCUU